UGCUGUCGCUGGAAUGGAGUAGAAAUAAAAAUACUAAAGCUGUAUGACUAUGGAGCGGUGAUUGUGAAAGUUUGUUAAGACCGUGUGUAUAAUAAAUGUACAGAUGACACGCACACAAGGAAGCAGGAGGCGAACGAUGACUGGAUGACGGCUGUGUGUUACGGUGACCGCGACAAAUACAAAAAAUAAAUAAGAGAGGGGAAAUCCACGACAAUAAUGCGCCGACGGCGUGGCAGUAUUACGUUUAACACUUGAAUCGAAAGUCAGCAGAGUUGAGCCAGAGCAGCCAGACCGCGGUCAGCCGAAGCAGAUGGACACUCUGAUAAAUUUAAACGCACCCGGCUUAUGGACCAUUCUCUAGUUCGAGAUCAAGAUCCAAGUCUCCGAAGUUAUUCCGCAGCAUGAUCUCCAACGUGCUCUGAUACAAAUAUUCAUCGGAACUGGAACUAGUGACUGAUAACUAACUGGUGGUAUUGAUAAUUAUCACUGUUAAUUAGUAACUCGCGACUAAGUAGACUAAUACGUCACAAGUGACAACACAUGUGUCUGCUCGGCUGCUUACGUGAUUCGGAGUGCGGAGAGACGAUCGAAUUUACGAAACUGUUAGGAAGCACUUGCUGCUAAGCAACGGGAUCAAGAGCACGUGAUGUUUAUAAUUGUCAGUGACAAGUUAUCUCAUCAAGUCGUUAAAUAUAUAGAUAUUUGUUGAUGGAUAUGUCAGCUAAUUAAGGAAGCGGGAGUUUUGAAGGGGCCAAGUGUUGCCGGAAGGUCUGGAGGUCUGGUGGUGGUGGUUGAUGGUUGAUGCUGAUGAUCAACAAGGUGUAGUGGGAGCUGGUGCAUUUGCUUGAUCGCCCGGGAUACGUAUGCUGGUUGAGUUGACGCUGCUUAACGUUAUUAAUAGAAAUUUUAGUGGUGAGGUGGGGGCCGCUCGACGGGUGAAAAUAGCAAAAGAAUGUUUUUGGAAUCUACUUGGACUUGGUUGGCAGAACGAUGGGGCAAUAUGGCCGACUUGGCCGAGCGGGUGGACGAUCUGAUAUGCAGUUUCGACUCGUCUGGUGACACGACGAUGGAUACACUGUCGAUGUUAAUAUUCGGGUGGAUGCUGUUCGGUCUAAUUGUUCUGUGUAUCGGUAAAUAUAUUUACAAUAACUUUGUACUGAAUGACAAAUUGAGUACUACGACCUCGAGUGUUGGUGCCAGUGGUCAUGUGGGUGGAACCAGUUCGUCCUCUGUACCAUCAACCACCAGUGCUAAAGAUGGACACCCGGGUUUUCAUGGUAUCGGUGAAAGUGUCGUAUCCGCUGGCAACUUUGCCAGUAAACUUCUUACCCAAGAAAAGCCAAUUAAAGUGGCAAUGGCUAAAUCGGCAGCAGCGUCAAGUAGUGGUGCCAGUAGUGGGAUCGGUGUAAUUGGUAUUGGUGGUGCGGGUGCUGGUGCUGGUGGUAGUUCUGGGGCUGGUGGAGGUGGUUAUGUACCACCGACACCGCCUACACGCAAACGUCUUACGAGAAAAACAUCGGGUCCUCUGAUAAGCCCAGCAAGGAGCUCUCGUGCCCUUCACCUGCCGGCCGCGACCGGCGCUGACGCCGAGGCCGUCCGAUGGGUCAACGAGCUUGUCAUUUGGCUACACUCUGACCUGGUGAUACUCAAUGAAUUACUUGCUGUUUGGGUUACUUCACUCAACGAGUUCGUCGCCAGCUCUGUCGAUGAGCAUGGAGUUGGAGUCGAAUUCGUACGAGUCCUUCCGGAAACUCAGUCUCCGAGUUUUUCAAAUAUUUUUUGCGAGUGCGAUUCUAAGGAUGACGUAACAAUAACAUGCGAUUGUGAAGCAACACCCGCUUUGCAAUUGAAAGCUUUCCGUCAAAAAGGAGAUAAAGUUGAGGUCAGUCAUUAUCGCGUCAAUGUUAACCGCUUCCGUGCGCGUCUUAAUGUUGUUUGCAUCACGGAAAAAUUGCUGUUGGAUUUAAAAUGUGAUGGAUGGCCUGAGGUCAAGGUUUCAUUGGCGGCUGUCGGCACGAUAAAAAAGGAUUUAGAUGAGAGCCAGUUGCAGGAAGUUGUGACGGAAAUAGUCGUCGGUGCUCUCCGAGGUACCAACGUACAUUUAAAUUUGUCAAAGUAUCCAACUUGCCCGAGACUAUGGCGGGAACCCCCGCCGCAAAGUGGAUUCCCGCUCCCGCUUCACUACGACAGUAUGUCCCAUUCAACAGGACCGACUGGACAGCAGAAGUAUAUUCCAGGCGAAAGACGUUUGUUAGUUAAAGUUGUAAAAGCGAGUGAUUUAGGUGGCCAGCAAGGCUGCAUUGAGCCUUAUUGCGUUGUAGAGCUAGAUGAUCCCCCUCAGAAACAUCAAACUUCACUUAAAAAAAAUACUGUCAGUCCUAUUUGGGACGAAGCCUUCCUAUUUGAUGUCAGUCAAAAUACUUUUGAAGUAUUACUGGAGAUUUAUGAUCACGCGAACAAAAGUAAUAGAUUUCUGGGCUUAGGUAUCGUGGGUAUUGAAGAAUUGUUAAUAAAUCCAAGUCAAAGACAAAUAAUUCCAUUACAAGCGCGGCCUUAUGAACAAGAUGAAGUUACUGGAACUCUUACCGUUGAGUUUGUAUUUAUUGAGGGAGCAGAAGUGCCGCAAAUAGGAAAUAAACCAUUUAAAGUUAAGGAAGCAAUAAAACCACCGACUCCAACACGCACAUACAAUCAAACGAAUCUACUCAGCAAUAAUAGUCUUAAUUAUAACAAUGGUAACAGCACUCUUAUCUUGUACGACACUACUGCUACUCAGUCGACCGGGGGAUUAUCAUUCAUUUCAGACUUCCUAACGAACGGUACGACUGGCGAGUCGCCUUACAGAACUGGCCAAUCAAAUGGCAAUAAAGGUACUCUAAUUGUACACAGCCAACAAAGGCCGCCAGAACGACAAAUUGUUAAGGUGACGCUUUCUGAGGACGGAAGCUGGCAAGAAAUCUCACCAGAGCACGCCAACAGAGAUAUGAGCGCAACUUCCGGUCUCGAAAGUACUCCUAAUUCAUCAAAUUCUGAUAGUCUACGAGAACGGGGUAGAACAAGAAGGAAACGUCGAGACUUUUUCGGUACAAUUAAAAAACGUUUGAAUAGAUCUCGAAACAGAAGUCGAUCAGCUGGACCUGAAGGAGAUACUAAUCACGAAGACGCCCAUUCAAGAUCAAUAUCCGCUGAUAGAGCGCGUGAUCCCGGAUCCGCUUUGCUAUCUGUACCAGGAAAAGAAGAACACUCAAGACGAUCGAGUCUCAGUGAAGCUUCUGCCAUCAGCGGAACUUCAACGAGGACUUAUGUCAAUGAAGCUUCAACUUUAGUACUAGAAACUCUUGAGAAUGGAGUUAAAAAACACUACCUCGUACCAUUGUCACUAGCACAAAAGAGUAAAUGGAGAAAAAAAGGCACUAAAUUACAUAUAUUCAACGAUCAUACCUUCAUUGCGAAACAUAUGCCAGGAGGUACUGUUUGCGAAGUAUGUAAAAGAACAUUAGCCCGAAGACUGGGCAAACAGGGUUACGAAUGUAGAGACUGUUUAAUGAAGUGCCAUAAACAUUGUCACGUUAAAGUCGAGUCAUUGUGUUCUACAUCAACGAUACAGAGUAUUGAAUUGUCACUACUGCCAGUUCUGAGAGAAUAAAAUAAUAGGUGAGCUGGUGUCGAUCAAAUGUUAAGAUCCUUCACCCAGACACCGAAAUUCGAGCGAAGGUUUUCAACUCGUCGAUGUUAAUAAAUCAACGGCAAUUAUUAUUUAUACAUAUAUAUCUAUAUAUAUAUAAAAUUAAUUAAUUAUUUAUUUAUUUAUAUAAUAUGUUAUAAUAUAUUUAUUUAUUAAUAUUAAUCGCGAUUAUGGUUAUAAAAAAGAAAGUAAUCAUGUUAAUUGAAUCCCUCCACGUGAUAAAGGUCAAAUAUUCGUACAAAAAAUAAUAAUUUUAAUUAUUAAAACAAUCAUUUAUCAAUUACUUGUCAUAAAGUAGAUUUAUUAGCAAUCAUUUACUCGCUAUUUGAUUUAAAAAAAAAAAUUUCAUUUUCUAAAUAAUUUAUUAUUUGAAAUUCGCGGUUAAUGCGAACGUAUCUUCUAUUUCAUUGUAAAUAUGAAAUGGAAACUACCUCUACUUAUAUUAUUAAAAAAAAAACAAUUAAGUCUUUUUCUCACAAUCAAAAAUAUCCGGCUUUGUUUUCCGGAUUCUCAUACAUAAUAUAUAUAAGAUUGUUUUAUUUAACAGAAAAAAUGAAAAAAAAAAUAAUUAUUAUAAUUAAUAACUAGGAACAAGAUUUUUGCCUUAACUUCGAAUGGUUCAAAUGUUUAAUAUUACGACGAAAAUAUUGGUCUUAUAAAAAAACUUUUCAAACAAAAGUUGUAGGAAAUUUAUUUUUAUAAAAAAAAUGUCUCUUAUGAUUUUUUUAUACGAUCAAUAUUUUCACCGUAAUUCCAAAAUUAAGAUUCAUAAUGAAUUAUUGAAAUUUUUGUUAAUUAUGAAAAUCUCAAUUUUGAAAUUACGAUGAAAAUAUUGGUCGUAUAAAAAAAUCAUAAGAGUCAUUUUCUCUAGAAAAUAAAAUUUCCUACAACUUUUAUUUGAAAAAUUUUUUUAUACGGCCAAUGUUUCCACUGUAAUUCUAAAAUUAAGAUUUAUAAUGAAUUAUUCAAAUUUUUGUUAAUUAUGAAAAUCUCAAUUUUGAAAUUACGGUGAAAAUAUUGGUCGUAUCAAAAAAUCAUAAGAGACAUUUUCUCUAGAAAAUAAAAUUUCCUACAACUUUUAUUUGAAAAAUUUUUUCAGACGGCCAAUAUUUCCACCGUAAUUGCAAAAUUUGACACCAUUUAUUAUUUUUAAAUAAAAGCAAAAAUCCUGGUCUUAUUAAUAACAAAUAAUAUUAUGUUUAAAUAAAAGCAAUCGGUAAUUAAUUAUAUGUAAGUACUUAAGUUUCGAUAUUUUUUAAUAUAUUUAUCAAUGCGUGAUUGAUCUAAUGUAUAAUUAUUACUGUUAUAUAUUAAUAUUUAAUAUAAAAAAAAAAUAUAAAAAGCCUCGCGUUUGAAUUAAUAAUAUUAUCGAUACGAAUGUUUUCAUAAAAAAUAAUGCAUUUUUGUCAAUUGUAACAACGAUUCAUUAAAUUCAUUCAUUUAAAAUAUAAUUUUACAAUCAUUGAUAAAUUUAAAUCAAUAUAUAUUAUAUAUAUUCAUGAAAUAUUUUGAAAUAUAUAAAUAAUUCAUCAAAUGUGAUUUCUUUCUGAGUUUAUUUAAAUUUUUACGACGAUUCAAAUUUUCUCGGGCUGUGAAUGCUUUGCGGAAAAAUACUGUGCAAUAUUAAUAAUAAUGAUGAUAAAUUUAAUAGUGUGCUUGAGGCGCAGUAAAUAUUUAUAAAUAUAUAUUAAUACAAAACAAAUAUGCCAAUCAAAAGAUUUUUCAUAACUAUUUGCUGAGAUUACGUAAAUUUAUACAAUCAAAAGUUUAAUAAAUUGAAUUUUUAUGAAUCUUUGCUUUGUUACGGCGGCAAAGUCUUUUAAUAUUCAAGUCGCUUUGAUGAAGAUUUCAUGUUAGUGCCUAUAGACCUCACAAUUUUACUAUUAUCACUAUCAUGGUUUUAUAAAAUUCAAAUUUUUGAUAUUGAAAGAUAAUACAGUUAAAAUUUUUUUAAAAUACAAAAGUCAAAUAUUGGAAAAAAUUUCAGUUUUUUUUUUAUUCGCCACUGAUUCAAACUAGUGGUAAUAUUUUUCUCCAUAUUCAAGGAUUUUUGGGUCCACUACAAAAAAUUAUUGCAGAUUUGAAUACAGAGUUCAAAAAAAUAAUUUUUUUAUAGAUUUCAUUUGAAUAAAUUUUUUACUGAAAUAAAAAAAACUGAUAAUAAUUCCAAUAUAAUUUAUACAACUUUUCGUAGUAAAUCUUAUUUUUUUCAUGUAUUGUUAUAAAUUAUGUAAAAACCAUUACCACGUGUUAAACGAUCACGGCAAAAAAUCCAUCACACAUCUAAUUUUGUUAUACAACAACGCAAUGUAAUAAAGAAAAAUACACUAUUGCACAAACAUUUAUUCAUUUUUUAUCAAACGGACUCAAAUUUCAUUUUUCAUUACACAAAAAAAAAAACCAAA